AUGGAAAAGUUCUCUGAAGAAGAAGGUGCUUUGAAACGUCAGAAGUUCUUUGAAGAGAUGGGUACUUUUUUACCAGUUCCAGAAAAGGAGUCUGUUCCAACUUCUGCCCAGGGUCCCAGUGGUGCUGCAGGGGCUGCAGGGCCCCCUCCUGCCACCAAUGUGUCCAGCAACAAGAGGCUGCAGCAGACACAAGCCCAGGUGGACGAGGUGGUGGACAUCAUGAGAAUGAAUGUGGACAAGGUGCUGGAGAGGGACCAGAAGCUGUCAGAGCUGGACAACCGGGCAGAUGCCUUGCAAGCAGGUGCCUCACAGUUUGAGACCAGUGCAGCCAAACUGAAGAGGAAAUACUGGUGGAAAAACUGCAAGAUGAUGAUCAUCCUUGGUGUAGUAUGCGCAGUCAUUCUCAUUAUAAUUAUAAGUGAGUAA